AUGGCUGCUGCUGUAAAAACAAGUGGUGGUUUCUGUAACACACAGCAGCAGUGGCUACACUCAACGAGAGAUCUGUUUUUACAUGGAUCUACUCGUUCGAAUGCCAAAGAAUGCAAAAGCAAGAAGACAAAAAAGCCCACUUCACUGUGUGUUAAAGCUACUUCCGCGAAAGUGGAAUUAGAUUUUAAUGAUCCAUCUUGGAAGCAGAAGUUUCAAGAAGACUGGGAUAAUCGUUUUAAUCUGCCACGUAUUACAGAUAUAUAUGACUUGAAACCAAGGCCAACUACAUUCUCACUCAAGAAACAGAGAACUCCUACUGGUGAUGAAGAUAGUACACCUAUGGAUAUGUGGAAUGGUUACGUAAACAAUGAUGACCGGGCACUUAUGAAGGUGAUAAAGUAUUCGUCGCCUACUUCUGCUGGAGCAGAGUGCAUUGAUCCUGACUGUAGCUGGGUGGAGCAAUGGGUGCAUCGUGCAGGGCCUCGUAAGGAUAUAUACUAUGAGCCAAAUGAAGUAAAAGCUGCUAUAGUUACUUGUGGAGGUCUCUGCCCUGGUUUGAAUGAUGUCAUCAGACAGGUAGUAUUCACCCUAGAGACAUAUGGGGUUAAGAAUAUUGUUGGAAUUCCAUUUGGCUUUCGUGGAUUUUUUGAAAAAGGUCUAAAAGAAAUGCCACUUUCACGUAAUCUAGUGGAGAAUAUUAAUCUUGCUGGUGGAAGUUUUCUAGGAGUCUCCCGUGGAGGACCUAAAACUAGUGAAAUUGUAGAUAGUAUACAGGCCAGAAGAAUUGAUAUGCUUUUUGUACUUGGUGGAAAUGGUACCCAUGCAGGAGCAAAUGCUAUCCAUGAUGAGUGCCGUAAAAGAAAGCUCAAGGUUUCCGUUGUAGCAGUUCCAAAGACCAUUGACAAUGACAUACCUUUAAUGGACAAAACAUUUGGUUUUGAUACUGCUGUGGAAGAAGCUCAACGGGCCAUUAACUCUGCCUAUAUAGAGGCACGAAGUGCGUACCAUGGUAUCGGCUUGGUCAAAUUAAUGGGAAGAAGCAGUGGUUUCAUUGCAAUGCAUGCUUCUCUUUCAAGUGGGCAGGUUGAUGUCUGCUUAAUACCAGAGGUCUCAUUUGCGCUCGAUGGAGAAUAUGGUGUUUUACAGCACCUCGAGCAGUUAAUAAAGAACAAGGGAUUCUGUGUGGUUUGUGUUGCUGAAGCUGCAGGACAAGUAAGUGAGCUCAGUGUGGAGUUACUGCAAAACUCAGGUGCAACUGAUGCAUCAGGAAAUGCAAUACUUAGCGACAUUGGUGUUCACAUGCAACAAAAGAUCAAGACGCAUUUCAAGGGCAUCGGUGUCCAUGCUGAUAUAAAAUACAUCGACCCGACGUACAUGGUCCGGGCUUGUCGUGCCAAUGCAUCCGAUGCGAUUCUGUGCACCGUGCUUGGACAAAAUGCCGUCCAUGGAGCGUUUGCCGGGUUCAGUGGCAUCACCUCCUGCAUCUGCAACACUCACUACGUGUACCUCCCGGUCACGCAAGUCAUCACAGCACCGAAGCGUGUGAACCACAAAGGCAGGAUGUGGCACCGUUGCCUCACGUCCACAGGCCAGCCGGACUUCCGCUGA